ACGCUUAUCACCUGCGUUCGCUCGUUCAGAAGUUUUAUUUCAAAUCUUAAAGGAUACCAGUGCACCAUAAAAUGUCCCAACCAGUUAACAUUAUUCGAAUUAUCCUGGGAUUGAGUCUGAUAUCGGCGCUGUCAGUUGGCGCCACCGAAGUCCGAGAGUGUAAAGACAAGCCAUUUCCGUUGAGCGUUAAUAUUGCUGACUGCGAUGUCCCACCCUGCUUGGUAUACAAAGGAACCUUUGCUGUUAUGGAGGUCCACUUUCUGGGCAACAACAACAACAUUAAGAAUAUCACUGCCACCACAACUGCAAAAGUGUGGGGCAUAAGUACUGGCUACGAUCUGCCAGAGGAAAUAUCCAAUGUCUGCAUAAAUCUCCUGUAUGGCGCCAUGUGUCCUAUUGACAAGGACGAGGAUGUCACCUAUCAGUUCAACUUCUAUGUCGAUCCAAUAUUUCCCGAAGUCACGGCCGAUGUCACGGUUAAUUUGAACGAUGACAAAGGUGAGUCGAUCACCUGCUUCGUGGUCAGUUGCAAAAUCCGAAAGGGAGCCACUGCAGCGAAAAGCGACUCAUACUUGCUGGACUGAGAAACCCGAGAGUGUACCACACAAUGCCACCGAUUUUGGCAGACUGAAUAUUCCCCAUUAUUUGCUAAACAAUAAACUCAAAAAGUCUUGAAGAGA